GGUUUACGACCCAACUCGGGUUGUGAGUGAGGUAUGCUUACACGCUCUUCAUCUCGCCUGCCUGGUUCCCUCAAUCCGGUCUCCCAUUAAGAGUGCAGAGGUUUUGGUUACAGCGCUGGGCGGAAGAGGCCCGAGCUGUAAGGAGCUCUUUCUGCCUUGGACCAUUCACCGUUCUCUGAUUCCGUCUGUGUUCCGGGAGGCGGUGUCAGCCUCUGGGAACCGCCUUUCCUAAAUUGCGGCAGGUCUCUUCCGGAGUUCGGAGGGGCAGCGGAUUGUAGAAGAAUUGGAAUAAAACGUCUUACGUUCUAAAGACGCUCCUGCCUCAUGGGAGUCCAGGGGCUCUGGAAGUUGCUGGAGUGCUCCGGGCGACAGAUUAGCCCAGAAACCCUUGAAGGGAAGAUCCUGGCCGUGGAUAUUAGCAUUUGGUUAAACCAAGCACUAAAAGGAGUCCGAGAUCGCCAUGGGAACUCAAUAGAAAAUGCUCACCUUCUCACUUUGUUUCAUCGGCUCUGCAAACUAUUAUUUUUUCGAAUUCGUCCUAUCUUUGUUUUUGAUGGAGAUACUCCACUGCUGAAGAAACAGACUUUGGCUAAGAGAAGGCACAAAAAGGAUUUGGCAACUCAUGACUCAAAAAAAACUACAGAGAAGCUUUUGAAAACAUUUUUGAAAAGACAAGCUGUCAAAACUGCCUUAAGAAGCAAAAGAGAUGAAGAACUACCCAGUCUUACUCAAGUUCAAAGAGAAGAUGACAUCUAUGCUUUACCACCUUUACUAGAGGAAGAAAAAAAUAGUUCAGAAGAGGAAGAUGAAAAAGAAUGGCAAGAAAGAAUGAAUCAAAAACAAGCAUUACAGGAAGAGUUCUUUCAGAAUCCUCAUGCAGUAGACAUUGAGUCUGAAGACUUCACCAGCCUGCCCCCUGAAAUAAAGCAUGAAAUCUUGACUGAUAUGAAAGAAUUUACAAAACGAAGAAGAACAUUAUUUGAAGCAAUGCCUGAGGAGUCCAAUGACUUUUCACAGUACCAGCUCAAAGGCUUACUUAAAAAAAAUUACCUAAACCAACAUAUUGAAAAUGUUCAAAAGGAAAUGAAUCAGCAACAUUCAGGACAAAUCCAAAGGCAAUAUGAAGAUGAAGGGGGCUUUUUGAAGGAGGUGGAAUCAAGAAGAGUGGUCUCUGAAGACACUUCACAUUACAUCUUGAUAAAAGGUAUACAAGCUAAGAAAGUUGCAAAUGUGGAUUCAGAGUCUUUUCCAUCUUCCAGCAAAAUGUGCAGCAUGUCUUUUGACUUAAAGUCAUCUCCAUGUGAAAAACUUAAGCCAGAGAAAGUGUCUGAUGCUACCCCUGCUUCUCCACAAAUUGUACCAGCUAUGCAAGCUGCCUUGCUGGAAAGUAGCACUGAAGAGAAGUUGGAGAUUGACAGUCAAAGGCAGUACAAUAAGAGGAGUGCAUCUGCUACUGUAGAUGAAGGCUCUGUAUCACCACUGACCCUCUUGGCUAUUCAGAAAGCUCUUGAUGAUGAUGAAGAUGUGAAAGUGCACUCUGGGAGUGAUGUGCAGACAGGAGAGUCAGGAGCGAAACAGCUGUUUGUGAACAGUUCUGAUGAGGAAGCUGAUGAUGGAUUUAAAACCAGAGAUGUAAAAGGAAUUCUGUUAGCAAGACUGCCUCAUUCAACCAUUGUAAACUGUGUAGAAGAGUGUGUAACCAGCACUAAUAAUGAAAAGGAGCUUGCAAACUCAGCUCCUUUGUCAGGUACUGUCUUUUGUCAAGGCAGUGAGUCUAGCAUUCCAAAAGAACAAAUGUCAUUUAUUUACAUGUUUGAGGAAUCCUUUCAGACAAGUGAUGAGCCUACAGUUAAUGAUAGGAAAGAUCCAGUUCCUUUGGAAAACACAGUGGCAAUACAGAUGAAUGCAAGUGGGCUCCAAAGUGGAAGAGAACUGACAACACCUCCUUUAAGUCCAAGUUCUGCAUCAAGGAAUGAAACAUGUACCAAAGUGCUUAACCUACAAGAUCUUUGUCCAUCUGAGAAUAGGUAUGAUUCUUCUGUUUUUUCAAGCAAUGAUGCAGAAUAUGAAAAAAAUUCUGCUUCCAAAGUUAUUGAUACUGUCAGUUUGCAAGAAGUGAGUAAUACAUUAAGUAUUCCUUCGGAGACAAUAAAUAGCUUAGAGAAUCCUAAAAAGCAUGAGGAUUUCCUGAAAACCAUCCAAGAACAUGAGACGAUGGAAUCUGGUGGCCAGGAUUUAAUUUCAGCUCCAAAGUUCAUAGAACCAAUAGGAAUUGACUCUGAAGAAAGUGAAUCUGAUGGAAGUUUCAUUGAAGUGGAGAGUGUAGAUGACGAACCUCAAACUGAGUUAGCAGAAGCUGCCAAACCUCCCUCUGUACAAGGUGAAGAGGAACUGAUAGGACCUAAGGAAGAAGAAUACAGUGGUGACUCUGAAGGCUUCCUAGGAGACAACUCUGAAAAUGAGCCCUUGGGUACUGAACCACAUGAAGAAACUCAAAAAGAUGCAGAUAAUUUGCUCAAUGAAUGGCAAGAUAUUGAUUUGACAGAGCUGGAAACUCUGGAGAGUGAUCUUUUAACAGAACAGAAUUUAUUGAAAGCUAAAAAACAGCAGCAAGAACGGAUUGCUGCUACUGUUACAGGACAGAUGUUUUUGGAAAGCCAGGAACUUCUUCGCCUGUUUGGAAUUCCCUAUAUUGAGGCUCCCAUGGAAGCAGAGGCUCAGUGUGCCAUUCUGGAUCUGACUGAUCAAACUUCUGGAACAAUCACUGACGAUAGUGAUGUUUGGUUGUUUGGAGCACGACAUGUCUAUAAAAACUUUUUUAAUAAAAACAAGUUUGUAGAAUAUUACCAGUAUGUGGACUUUCACAACCAGUUAGGAUUGGACCGGAACAAAUUAAUAAUUUUGGCCUAUUUGCUUGGGAGUGAUUACACAGAAGGAAUACCAACUGUAGGUUGUGUUACAGCUAUGGAAAUUCUCAAUGAAUUCCCUGGACAUGGCCUGGAACCUCUCCUAAAAUUCUCAGAAUGGUGGCAGGAAGCUCAGAAAAAUAAGAAGAUAAGACCUAAUCCUUAUGACACUAAAGUGAAAAAAAAGUUACGGAAACUGCAACUCCCACCUGGCUUUCCUAACACAGCUGUUGCAGAUGCUUACCUCAAACCUGUGGUGGACGACUCCAGGGGAUCGUUUCUGUGGGGGAAACCUGAUCUUGACAAAAUUAGAGAAUUUUGUCAGCGCUAUUUUGGCUGGAAUAGGACAAAGACAGAUGAGUCUCUGCUUCCAGUGUUAAAGCAAAUGAAUGCCCAGCAGACCCAGCUCCGAAUUGAUUCUUUCUUUAGAUUAGCUCAACAGGAGAAACAAGAUGCUAAAGUUAUUAAGAGCCAGAGACUUAACAGAGCUGUGACGUGUAUGCUGAGGAAAGAAAGAGAAGAAGCCGGUCAAAGAGAAGCAGUUUCUGUUGCCAUGGAGAAAGAAUUUGAGUUCCCUGAUAAAGCAAAAGUUAAGACUCAGAAGAGAUGCAUAGCAAAUAAAUGCAGAGAGUCAUCAAGCCUGAAAAGAAUGAGGCUUUCAGAUUCUAAACGAGAGAGUAAAUGUGGGUUUUUGGGGGAAGCCUACCUCUCGCAAUCAUCUGAUGCAUCCUCAGGUGAGGAUGCUGAAUGUUUAUCUUUAAUGAAUAUGCAGCAGGGAAAAGCAGCUUCAGAGGCAAAAAUCCGCUCUUCAAAUUUGCAGAAUACGGUAAAACCUGAUCCUGUAAGGGAUGGAGGUGCCACCACCAGCAGCAGCAGCUCUAGUGAGGAUGAUAGAGAGAAAACAAAACCAGUCCUGGUAACUGCCAGAUCUGUGUUUGGGAAGAAGGGAAAACUGAGAAGCACUAGAAGGAAGAAAAAAAGCGUAGUUUAAAUGUGUAUUCUCUAACACUUUGCAAUAAAUUUGUUGUGAGGAAAUAAUAAAUGUAUGCACAGUCUUUGAAUUUAGUGUGUGGUUUUUAAAAAUAUGGAUACUUAAUUUGAUAUGUAUUUAUUUUCAAGGUGUUACAUUGUUUUAAUGUGUUCUAUCUCAUUGAAUAUUUCUUUAUAUUCACAGGCUUUGUUCAUGCUCCUGUUACUGUAAAAUGUAUAAUUUCUGAUCCUUUCUGACAAUAUUAAACAAAAGGAAAAAUGAUUUAUAUUGAUCGGUGCUCUCAAUACGGAUCCCUCUGACUUUACAACCUCGAUGAGCAGAAAAAGAACCUUAUUUCUAUUUCACAACAGUGGCAGUUAUGCCCAGCUGCAUAAACUUGUCCCCCACUGCUUCCCAUUUUCACUCAGGGUCCCCUUAGAAGGAUAGCAGGAGGGAACCUCACUGCUGCAGCAUACUUGAAAAGUAUGUCUUCUGUGAUUAGGAAAUGUAAAUGGGGUGCAUGAUUCCACCUGUAACCAUUAACUGUACAGGAACCUCUGCACCAUAAUGUUCUGCUUUUAAAAUACUUUGGUUGUCCCAAGCUGACUUCUUUGAAAAUGUGUAUAGGGGUCAGGGCUGUAGCAGAACUGGUGUAGAUGCAUUAACUUUAGGAGUGGCUUCCAGCAGUGGAUUAUUAACAGAGUAGCCCAGCCAAGGUUAGUUUGUGAUUCUUCUUGCUGAGAUCUCUCAACAAUAACUCCUAAAGUUGUGGAUGCUUACUUAGAGUUAAGAAUACACUGAGGAUAGUAUUACUGUUACAGAACAGGGCCAAGGGGUGUACGAUAUACUAUUACCAAAAGGACCCCCCACUAGGUUCGAAUUGUCUGCCACCAGAGGAAAGAUGUCUCUCAAUGCCAGAGAUAUGUGAAAAGGCAAGGAAAUGUUUAUUUAAAGCUAUACAGACUUAAAGUAGUGACCUAAUGUCUUCAUUAAAAUACCAAAGUCCUUUAGAAUACCCACAGACACAUACAGUCCUUUAUUCUCCCUCUGCCCUAAUUUUGGGAACCUUAUCUCAGGAAAAGAAGUAGAUUCAGUCUCCUGGCACCAUCAGCUAUGUUGCUGUCAGGAUCUCCAGCUUUGGAUCCCAGUUAAUCCAAAGUCAUAUGACACCUUCUUAUGCCCUACUGGCAAGAGUCCUUUCACCCUUCUUCCAGGCAAAGUCUCUCCUGCUUCCUAGGCCACGUGGCCAAAAGGAGCACCCCAAAGCCUCAUGUUUCUGUUCUACCAAAGCUGCGGGAGUCCCCACUCUGGCCAAAACUGUGGUUCUCCUCUCCAUGGCUGCCCUGUCUGGGUUGAAAUCUCUGUGCCAAUCUUCCUUUGUUACCCCCAUUUCUGACUCCUCCUACAAUCAGUUACACCUGCCAGCAUUCCUGUAGUAUUCCAAGUUUACUGGGCUGCCAUUGUGAAUCUGGGCAGGUGUGGCUCCAUGUAAUGGAGACAAUCUCCAAGCUGUCACACAGGCACUAACCAGGGGGACCUGCCCCCCAGUUACAUCUUGGGUGGAAGUCCCUUCCAUCCCCCUGGAUCAGAGCAUGGCCACAGCUAUUUAACGUAUCUAUACAACCAGUUAAAGGUUAUAGAUAUGUUAAAUGACCAUGCCAGAGGUUAGCCGCAAAGUUGUUGCUGUACAAAACAGCUCUGCAUGUUCCUACUCCAUGUGUCCCUUCCCCCAACUCACACCUGUGGGGGAAGGGGUGAGGACAUCCUGUAUAUCUUUCUAUUUCCUGUACACCUUAAGUUCUGGACCCCAUUCCAAAUCCCUAUUUGGGGCCCCAUCUUGGUUGCACACUGUUUCAUUACCAAUUACUUUGAGCUUGGGUUCUUUGGCCUUUGGGUUGUUUCUUUCCAUCUGUUGUCUUUUUGGCAUUUUGGUAUUUCUACCUUUCUUGGUUUCCUUCCCUCAGUCUUCAAAUACUGGUUGAAAAUCUUUGCCAGUGAAAAGCAAAUACAA